ACGAAAAUAUUAAAGAAGAUUCAGUCAAGCAGCAAGAUGUUCAUCUUGAAGCACAUCACUUUGACAUGGAAAGUGAAAGGGAAGAAGUAGGCGAUGUUGCUGAUCAGAAUGACGAAGAAAUGAAUAUUAAAUCGGAAAGAAUUGUCGAAGAGAAGUAUGACACUGAAGUGGUACAAUCCCAAGAUGAAGAGAUCUCUAACGAUGUGAAAGACUUUGUUGUUCCUCAAGAUGUCGACGAAAAGUCAACGGAAUCCAACAUAAUUCCGAAACUCAGUGAAGAGACUACUGUUGACGACGAUCAUUAUCAUCCGGAAGAAAUUGAAGCUCCAAACUUGGAUACAAUAGUUGAUGACACUAUAGUUGAUGACACUAAGAAUUAUGAGGAUAUUACAGAACAUAAUAUCGAGAUCGAGAUACCGUCAAAGGAAGUUGAAGAAGUUAUUGGUGUUGGAGGUGAAGUUAUCAAUUCCGCUGAAUUCGACAAAGCACCUGAAGUUGAAGAAUCAACAGUUUUACCAGAGCAUUCAGAAACAGAUCAUAUCACAGAACCCUCAGAACCCUCAGAACCUUCUGCAAAGGAAUUAGUUGUUGUUGACGAACAAGUCUCACAGGAAGUGACUUUUAUUGAAGUGCCUGAGUUGCAGACUGUCAUCGAAGAUUCUCAACAUCAUACCGAAGUUGAAGAAGAUGAAGUCUCCGGCAAUUCUAGUUCUGUCGCUCUCGGUAAUAUAUUGGAGAACUUGAAUGAAGGUCUUGAAUCCGAAGAAGUUAAAAUUGGCGUUGAAGAAUAUGUCGAAGAAGAUGUUAAGGAAGAUGUCGAAGAAGAUGUCGAAGAAGAUGUUAAAGAAGAUGUUAAAGAAGAUGUUGAUGUAGAUGUUGCAGAUGCAGAUGCAGUGGUCGAAGUUGAAGCCGAAGUCAAAGCUGACUCUAAUGAUGAUAAGGAAGAAUUCAAUGAUGAAAUUGACAAUUCAGUUGACAUAUCUAUUGAAGAAGCUAAAACUUAUGUCGAAGAAGAAGCACCAACCAUUGAGACUAAUGGCGUUGAAGUAGAUCAAUCCAAUAAAGAAAAACAUUCUGACGAUCAAUUGGUUCUCGAAGUAGAAAGGGAAGAGCAUCCUGUUAUAGCUUCUAAUGAGCAAGUUGCCGAUGUUGAAGUUGAUGAUGAUUCGUUAAAGGAGCAACAUGGUGUAAAUGAAGAAACCAAUACAAUGGAAUCAACCUCAUCCGAAACAAAAUUAGAAGAAGAUGACGUAGAAUCCACCAAUAAGACUGAAACUGUUUCCACAGAAACUGACACCGUACAAGAAGAUACUUCUGAGAAUUUAAAGAAACGUAAAUCAGCUACUGAUAUCACGGAUGCGGCUUUCAAGAAGAUAAGAAGAAUUUUUAGUCCAUUUUCAUGGAAUGAGACUUUAGAUUCAACUCAGAAAAUUAUCCCUAAGCCAGAAUUAGACGAAAUCACCGAAGAUACUGGUCCAGAAGUUGAGGAAGAUCAAGAUAUUGAAAUCGAAGAGCACAUAAAUAGAGAAGAGCAUGAAACUGAAGAGGUUGAUGUUAUAAAGGAUGAAGAUGAGACUGAUGAUAAUGAAGCCGCUGAAGCCCCUUCUACAUCAGAUUUACCAGCCGAGGAGCCGGAAAGUUUGGAACAGAUAGUUGAGGUUGAAGUUGAAACCAAGAACGAAGAAGAAAUUUCAACAGAAGAUAAAGUUCAAGAUGCAGCAGUGAUACCAGAAAUUGAAACUCAUCCCACUCAUGAACAAGAAAGAAAUGAUGAUAAAAUUGGAGACGAUUUACUUGAUCCAGAACUUAAGAUUGAAAAGAAUCAAGUACAACCCGAAGUAGCAAAAUCACCUCCUCGCAAAAAGAAAGUUGUGUUGGGUUUAGAAAUAGAAGAAUUCCCAAUAGGACCAAGAAGAUCUUUAAGAAAUGGUCAUGGAUAUGGAGCUGGAGCUGCUCCUGAAGUCGUUACUAAAGACAAUUCAACACCCGAACCAGAGAUGAUUAACGAGGUUACAACUCCAAAGCAUUUGAUAUAUGAUGUUAAGCUUGAACUUCCAAAAAGAGGUCGUCGUUCAACUCAAACUUCCCCUAAAGUGGCAGAUGAAGUUAUAUCAGAUGUAAAGGAAGACCAUCCAAAGAGGGGCCGCCGUGCAGCUAAAGCGUCUACUGAGUCUGAUAAUGUUAUACCAGAUGUUAAAUUAGAUUUACCAAAAAGAAAUCUUCGUGGUCUGAAAAUUGCAAAGGAGGUUGAUAACGUUUUACCAGAAGUUAAGCUAGAUAUUCCUAAGAGAGGUCGUCGUGUUACUCAAGCUGCUGCUAAGUCACCUAAGAAAGUCCAAAAGGCUGUGGAUUUGCCUAAGAGAAAGACUGGUCGUCCCUUCAAGAUUGCACCAGUUACCGAAGAAGAUCCAUCUUUAAAGGUACCAAUUGCAGAAGAAACUACUAAUCUGAGACGAGCUUCUAGAAGAGUUUCUCGUACUUGGGAUCAACUGGAAGAUCAUCCCGCUUUACGAACGCGCUCAAGAUCUCCUAUAAAGAGAUCAUUAUCAGAGGAGAUUGCUGUAGCAGAGGUUGAACUUAGUCAAGGCACCAAAAACUUAAAUGCCAGAAGAAGAAGUUCGAGACUUCAAAAGAUUGAAGCCGAGCCGGACACAGUACCUGAGACGGUACCUGAAUCUGAAGAAACAUCAAUUACCCCUGCUGAAGAGAUGAGAGGUAGAGGUAGGAAAAGAAGAAGGCAAUAAAAAAAGUGUAUAAUAAGUCUAUAAAUUAUUUAUUUUAUGUACAAGUUGGUAUUAAAAAAGUGG